AUGGAGAAAGAACUAAUGCGACACUUUGAUUGGAAGACGGUUAUCAGCCUGCGGUACGAAUGGGUAAACAUUCCCUACAACUGCCGCAGUAAGUGGAAUGAACGAUCGCCCGGAUGCAUGAUGUGGCACGUUUACGUCAGAUCGAGGGACGCUAAGCGAGCGGAUCGAGAACUACGCUUAUGGCUGCACCCGUCUACCCCUAAGAAAGAUUUUCCAUGGUGCGCGGUCACACACUACAUUAGCGAUUGGAAGGCUGCUCAGAAUGGGACAAUCAGCGUUAAGGCCGUGGGUCCGGUUAAGGAUGAGAAUCUCACCAUGAUCUCAAAGCAUAACGACUUUGUGGAACUGACCCAGGCCAAAUAUUUUCACGCGGAGAAAGUGGCAGCUGCGGAUGUGACCUCGGACUCCGAUUCUGACGACUCCUUGCUGGAGAACGUCUCCCACAAGUUCACCAAAGUGACUGUCAAAGGGAAGACGAAGAUCAAGAAGCAACCUCCAAAGUCGGCUGUGGCACCGACUCUGGAGCAUGACGGUCUGGUUCUCACUCCUGCGCAGCAGCGCCGUGCGAAGGAAGCAGAGAGGAAGAGAAAAAUGGACCUGGAGAACAACGUUCCUAGUCCCUUGUUCAUCAUGGUGUUACCCGGUGAGAUGGAAGGGACCUAUUUGUUCAUCAGUAGGCUGAAAUAUGCUGCCUUGGCAACAAAUGUACUGAAUGGACUGGUUCCGUUCUUUACACAUCAUUUGGGGGAGUUGACGACUACUCAAGUUAAUAGGGUGAUUGCGAAGUGGCUGUCCAUGUCUCUGAUCCAUACGACACGCCGCAAGGAACUUGUGUGGUGCUUGGAGACUUUACGGGCUCGACCAUCGGACCAAACCCUACAAGGCAUUGAUGAAGCCAUCGACUUCCUUGAUGGCUUUGGGUCUGACCCACUUGAUGUCGCCGAAGCUAAGUUGGAAUUCGAUAUGGAAAUGGCAGAUGCAAAAGAUAUCGAUGAUGGAGCUACAGUAGCAGGCGCCAUGGAUGAGUUACUUGAGAAGGAUAGCCAAUUGGAAGCGGCAAUCACUGAAAUUGAGUUUAAGGAGAAUCUUUUAGUUGAGAAGAGCAGCGCUUUGGAAGCUGAACGACUUCGUUCUGAAUCCCUGGCCAACGAACUUGCGGCUCUGCGCCUCCUGCAACAGACUAUUUCGAGCCAAGACGCGCAGCCGGCUUUGCCUCCCCAACCUGCAGCCACGGUCUCCUUUCCCCAGGACAGGUUAGAGUCAGCCGUGGCCGAUUCUGCCGCGAAGGAGCCAACUUUGCCGGCUACUCCAGCGCGAGCAGCCAAGUCAAGUCCGCUCAUGGCACUCCUACCGAGCUCGCCACCUAGGGCUACUACGGCCAUCGCCAACCAACCUCCGCCUCGAGACACCACCACUGCUGCUUCUCGGAGGGAACUUACAAGUAAGUCAGGGGGCUGCUGGGCGAGGGGUAGGGUGGGUCAGUUCCCACAUCAAUUGUUGCCUGCCUGCAAGAGAUCGUCUGAUUUUGCGGCGGGCUUCGGAGAUGACGAGGACCCAUUCCUCCUUGUCCGCCAGGUGGAGUCGGAGGACGUCUACAAGGCGGGAUCGACGGAUGACAGGGCGAAGGUUCCGAGGUAG